CAUGUGAACCCUGUCUGUCCCCUCAACAGGCAACGGCACUGGUGCAGAAUGGCUGACCUCAGUCUUGCAGAUGCGUUAACAGAGCCACCUCCAGAAAUCGAGGAAGAGAUCAAGCGGGACUUCAUGGCCACCCUGGAGGCAGAGGCCUAUGAUGAUGUUGUCGGGGAAACUGUUGGGAAAACAGACUAUAUUCCUCUUAUGGAUGGUGAGGAGAAGACUGGGAACUCAGAGUCAAAGAGGAAACAGUGCAUGGAUACCAACCAGGUUGAAGGUACUCCAUCUUCUAAGCCAACGGUGCUAGCCAACGGUGACCAUGCAAUAGAAGGGAACAAUACUGCAGGGUCUCCAACUGAAUUCCUGGAUGAGACAAUGGCCUACCCAGAAUAUCAGAACAGCCAGAACUGGCCGGAAGGUGCAGACUUUUGUUUCCAGCCUGGGCAAACGAUGAACCCUAUGCCGACUGAUCCCUUUAAGAUGCACCAUGAUGAUAGUCUGGCAGAUCUGCUCUUUCUCUCCAGUGGAACAACAAAUGCUCCAACAUUUGUGAGGCAAAGUGAUCCCCAGGAGGAGCGUCAUGGUAUGUCUUCCUGUGACACAUUUGCUCCUGCCACUGUUGCUCCUCAGGGAUGGUCUGUGCCAGCCCCAAACUCUGCACAGUCAGAACCCUUUGUUCCUGCAGAGGACAUUAGGGAGCCUUCAUGGCCAGCCACAGACCUGGCUGAGGAGAUGGAACUGGCAUCAGGAGAAGAACAGCCACUGACAGAAGCAUUAGACGUGAUAGCAGGACAGAAGACAACCGACAUGGCACCAUGUAGAGAAACAGAGGUGGUCCUGGCCAAGGUCAUGGCACCAGCCACAGAAACCAAAGUAGCAUCGGCUAAAGAUACAGCGCAAGCCCCUAGUUUGGAUGUGACACUAAUCAAGGACACACAGCCAUCCACUGAAUCAGAUACACCUCUAGCCAAGGACAUGGCGCUACCCAUAGAAGCAGAGGCUGCUGCAGUGGAGGAUGUCAUACUGCACACAGGAGCAGAUAUGUGUUCAGCCGAGGAUGAGGUGCUGCGCCCAGAACCGGAAGCGGCCCCAGGCAAGGAGGAUAUGAUAGAGAGAGCACCACCAACGGAUUCGGCCCCACAGCAGACCCUGAUUCCACCCGCAGACACAGGGAUCACUCUGGCCAAGGAUGUGGUGUCACUCUGCGAAAUGGAAGCAGAACUGGCAAAGGACAGUGUGUCAUCUGUGGAAGUUUCUCCAGCUAAGGAGAUGGCUUUGUCCUCAGAAACAGAGGUGGCCCUGGCAAGGGACAUGGUCCUGCUCCCAGAACCCCUGGUGGUCUUGGCUGAGGAUGUAGCUCUACCCUUAGAGAGAGAGAGUUCUCCAGUGAAGGAUAUGGCAGCACCCCCAGAAAUGGAAAUGGCCCCAAACAAAGAUAGGGCCAUACCCCAAGAAACAGAGGAGGCCUUGGGCAAGGAUGUCGCUCUGCCACCAGACACAGAGGUGGCCCACGUCAAGGAUGUGACUCCACUGUUAGAAAAGGAGGUGGCCUCAGUCAAGGAUGCAUCUCCGCCUCCACAAACAGAGGCGUCCCUGGGUAAGGAUGCAGUGCUGCCCCCUGGCACAGAUGUGACUCUGGCUAACAAUGUGCUUCCAGCCCAGGAUGUCUCACAACCCUUAGAAACAGAGGUGGCGCCAGUUCAGAAAGAUACAGAGAUGGCACAGAGCCAGGAAGGGCUAAGUGAAGAUCCCCAGCUAGCGUCCCUCCAGAGUGAGGGAUGGUCACCUGCACCUCCCAGCCUGAUGUCAGCAGAACCAAUCAAAGGCACAAGCCAAAAGCACAGCUUGCCAGCAGAUGAAGAACCUGGGUUAGAGAAAUUAGAACAAAAGAAACCAGUCAACAGUCAGCUUGCUGAAGCUUCUGCAGAGACUUCAGGUGCCCCUCUCACACAAGGCAGACAAGUUUGCAGACCCAGUGACCGCAGGGCAGCGCGGGCCAGGCCUGCCAGGGUCCUUCCUGAGUUGCCGGGAGGCUCUUCUUCUUGGAAGACUCUUGAGCCCAGGCUGGGCUCUGCCCCUAGGGCCGAGUCGGAUUGGGUCUCUGGCUCGUCUUUCUGUGGUGAGCCUGGGAGCCAAAAGAAGAACGCUCACACGGGCUUCCUUGAACCCCAGAGGGAUCUUGGCAGGGAGGCCUGGGACCCAGAAAGCACCCCAGUGAUGAUGAAGAAAAAGAAGAAGAAACCAAAGCAAAAGAGAUACGCUCAACCCCAGGUUGGGGGGCAGUGGGAUGACAGCAGUGCAGAUGAGCCCAGGGGUCAUCCCUCUGCAGCUGCUUCCCUCAGACCUGGCGUCCUCUCCAGCCAAUCUACCGUGCUCAGCCCAGAGUGUGGAUUUGUUGCCAGAGAAAGCAUGAGAAGGAGGGAGCAUGUGCUUGACUCCAGAGCAGCCAGACAGGGAGGCGAGAAUUUCAUCUCUGAGAGCGUUAGAGCCCCUUCAUGUCCAGAAGAACUUCCAGCAACUGCAGUCAGUGCUGAGCCCAAACUAAGAAGAGAGAAGCAGGGAAAAGAUAACAGUUCAGUGCCACCGAGCCACGAGAAAUUGCCACGGCACGAUGAAUACAAGCCAAGGCCUGCACCCCACCGGGAGACUCCUGUGGAUAAAAGCCAGACAGGGGCCCCUCCUGGUCUGAAAGGUCCCCUGACAGAGGUGCCUAUGCACACACUGGCAGCUCCUUCAGAGAUCAGACCCGAAGAGGGUAUGACUUGCUCCCCUGUCUCGGACCAGAAGGCUCUGGGUGCGGUUUUAAAACCCCCAUCAGUGGAAGAACUGCCUAAUUUGACAGCCAUUUUGACAGCAAGUAACCCAAUAGAAAAUAGUCUAAAAGAAGGGAAUGAUGAAAGCAAAAUGACUAACCUGCAGGAUGUCAAACAGAAAGAGUUUUCAGAAGAAGCCAGAGAGGUUAAAGAACCAAAAAGGGAAGCACUUUCCAAGCCAAGAGAAGAAAUCAGCAUCUUUGCGUCUGAACAGCCACAUGGGCAAGUGUUAGAUCAGGGCUCUGGGCAAGGGGAUGAGCCAGUGAAGAGAGUGGCCGGUGACGGCAAAAGCAAGAAAGGGCGGGGGAGUUCUGGGAGAGUGCGGGCGGGCGCCGGGAAGGUGAGAGCCAAGACAGAGCUGCCGUUGCUUCUGGAUGGUGAGAAGGAUGGAAGGGCUGUUCUGGGGCCCGGAGAGCCCAUCCCUAAGACUGAAAGCGUGGCUGGCCAGGAUGAGACAGCAGGGCUGGGGCUGGGCUCUUCAAAGCUACCAGGGACCGUGACUGGUGUCCCCGAGGCCGGGGUGAUGGGGGAGCCCAAGGAGCUGACCAGCCCGAGGGUGGGAAGUGCCAUGCAGGGCCUAAGUCUCUUGGAAAACGGGUCAGGCCUGACUCAGCCUUCGGAUGCUAAUAGGAGAGAAAGAGGAGCCUCAGUCAAAAUUCAGAGUGUCAGUAUUCAGAGCAAGCAAGGAAAGUGGCCUUGGGUGGAUCAUGAGUCAACUCCCUGGAUUUCUGAAAAGCCCAGGAAGAGAGAUAAUGAAGGCAAAACCAAAAAGUUUAAAAAUAAUUACCCCAUACAGACUGCUAGAAUGGAGGACAAGGAGGAAAUCCUCAACUCAGCUUUUGUGGAGAAGGAUGGAGACAGUACUAGUAGUAUUUCCCUGAAAAACAAGGGACUGGGCCUCAUUUUCCCCAAGGCACCAGACCCUGUGUUCUCACAUACAUCAGAUGCACCCACUGUGGAAGUAGUUGACAGAAAGGGUGAGAGUGUUGAGGUUGAUUCUGUUGAACUUGGGGCUGUUGAGGGGAGCAAAACACGCACGAUCAAGGAACCAGCUGCCAGGGUGACAGAUGUGAGCUCUCCAGACCAAACUCAGGUGGCAGGAUUUGUUCCCUCAGUAGUGUCUGAGGAGAACAAGACUGAAACCGCCAAGGGAUGCACCGCAGCGGCUGACAACUCAAAUAACAGGGAUGAUGGAAAAAAUAAAAAGGUUAAAAAUAGUUUUCCUGAGAAGCCCAUUCUGGAGAAUAAGAUAGAUGCAGCAAAAAUACAUGUUGCCAUGGAAACCGCUGGGAACCACAGAAUUGAAGGGAUGGGCUAUGUGGAUGAAAAUAGAAAUAUUACAUUUACCUGUCCCAGUACACUGUCAGGGCUGAUAAAGUCAGCUACUCCAGAGACUCUGGGAUUGGCAACCUGUGAAAAACUCCCUCCUGCUCCGCCGGUAGCGAAGGACAGGGAUUCCUUACCAGACACCUUGUCAAAAAGUGGGCAGGGAAGAGCCCCGGCCCCAAUUUCCAAAUUAUUAGUAGAAGAUAACUGCAAGAAAGAUGGAGCCCUGGAGCAAGAAAGACCCAAGGCCCCCUCUGCUGUUCUGUCCACGACAAGCACAGCAGGAGUUGUCCCGACUUCCACAGCAGCCCUAGAAACAGUUAACAGUCAUGGAGAUCCCUGGCAUAAGAAUAAAGGUGAGCUCGAUGACCCUAUGAAAAAUGAACCAGGGAUCGAUAAAGGGCAUGUGGUGGGAGAAUCCGAGUUGGGACACCACGAUGCCUCUAAGUGCUCAGUCCAGCAAACUCCAGACCCAGCACAAGGUCACCUUCUUACUCGACUGCCCGCAGACCAGAGCCUGCCAGGAGAGGCCCAAGGCCUCGGAGUAAAGACAGACCGGGGUGGCUUCCCAGCAUCUCCAGCGAACCUAAAGCAGGUAACUGAGAGAGGCUCUGUUCCAGCCCAGACUCCUGACUUACUGGGAGACAAAACACAAAAACUCAACUUCAGUGCGGACCAAAAUGCUGAAGAUGCAGACUCUAGGGAUUUAGAGAAUUUGGAGAAGGAGACUGAUUUGACUCUUUUGCCUCCAAAAGGUGAAAAGGAUAAAUCAAAAGAAAUUAGUCUGGCUUGUAAAGUUGCAGAAUUGGAAUGUGUUUCCCUGCCAAUACCAGAACUCCAUUCCAGUUUCUCAUGUGGCAAAGUUGAAGUUCCUCCUGCAGGGAUGGAUGAUAAAUUAGUAAUGACUGCUUCUAAGGGUCUCCAGCUCCCAGAACUCAAAGAUACCAUCAUAGAAGCAUCUCAGAAAAUGGCAGAAAAAUCUGAACCAAAAACACUGGCCGAAGGGAGGAGGGAAGAUAAAGGCAGAACAACAGAACCAGUGAAAGGCUACAUGAGACCUACCAAGUCCCGAGGACUUACUCCACCUUUGCCAAAGUCUGCAGUCCAGGAACGAGAGCGACCCCGGCAACCAAAGUCCAGUGGAAUAGCCAGGUCAGAAGAAGGAAAGGUGGCUGUGAGUGUGACCGGAAAUGACAUCUCUACCCCACCAAACAAGGAACUCCCACCAAGCCCAGAGAAGAAAACCAAGCCUUUGGCCACCACUCAACCUGCAAAGACUUCAACAUCGAAAGCCAAAACACAGCUCACUCCUGUCCCUAAGCAUCCAGCUCCUACCACCUCUGGUGGGUCGAAUAAAAAACCCAUGAGUCUUGCUUCAGGCUUAGUACCAGCUGCCCCACCCAAACGCCCUGCUGCUGCCACUGCCAGGACUUCCACCUUACCUUCGAGAGACACAAAGCCAAAGCACAUUUCAGAGGCAAAGGUUCCUGAGAAGCAGGCCUUGCUGUCCAAGCCCGCCUCAGCCCUGGCCCUCAGACCCGGGCCCAAGAGCUCCUCAGCUGCUCCGAAGGUUGCACCAGCUGCUGCUCCUGCUUCCUCGGGGCCAAGCAGUAGAAACCCUCCAGCGUCGGUGCCCAAGAGGCCUGCCGCUAUUAAGACUGAAGGCAGACCCGCAGACACGAAGAAGACGACGGUGAAGUCUGCACCAGCUGACCUGAGUCGCUCCAGGAGCACCCCUACCGGCUCUGGAAAGAAAACCACCACUCCCGCGGGGGCAGCACCCCCGGCCGCAGUGGCCGCCACUCGAGUCAAGCCCACCCCGCUUUCCCGACCCUCUGUGUCUCCUUCCGUGGACAAGAAGCCCACCACGGCCAAGCCCAGCUCCUCUGCCCCCAAGCUGAGCCGCCCAGCCACCGCAGCUCCGGCCCCCGAUCUGAAGAACGUGCGCUCCAAGGUGGGCUCCACAGAGAAUAUGAAGCACCAGCCUGGAGGAGGCCGGGCCAAAGUAGAGAAAAAAACAGAGGCGGCUCCCACAGCUCGAAAGCCCGAACCUAAUGCAGUCACUAAAACAGCUGGUCCCAUUGCGAGUGUGCAGAAAUCGCCUGCUGGGAAAGUCCAGAUAGUCUCCAAAAAAGCGAGCUACAGCCAUAUUCAGUCCAAAUGUGGUUCCAAGGACAAUAUUAAGCAUGUCCCUGGAGGUGGGAAUGUCCAGAUCCAGAGCCAGAAGGUGGACAUCUCCAGGGUCUCCUCCAAGUGUGGGUCCAAGGCGAACAUCAAGCACAAGCCUGGUGGUGGUGAUGUCAAGAUUGAAAGCCAGAAGCUGAACUUCAAGGAGAAGGCCCAGGCCAAGGUGGGAUCGCUGGAUAACGUGGGCCAUCUGCCUGCUGGAGGCACCGUGAAGAUUGAGACCUACAGGCUGACGUUCCGGGCAAAUGCCAGGGCCCGCACCGACCACGGGGCCGACAUUGUCUCCCGGCCCCCUCACUUCCCUGGCUCCCGCGCCCUCGGCUCCCUGUCCCGGGCUGCCCACUAGACCUGUGAGUGCCCACUCGGGUGCCAGGCAGCCCUACUAGGCCCCUCCCCUGCUCCAGGCAGCGGCAGGCCUGGCCCCCUGCUGCUUUGCUCCUGUCCCGUCCCCGGCCACUGCCCUGCUGCAGGGUAGGGAGGGGAGUCUCGUGGGGUCUAGGAGGGAGGAACUGGAUUCCUACUCCGAUGUUUGGUUUUUUGGACCAAACGCAAAAGAAACUGACAUACCCUCCCUCCUCCCCGGCCAACCUGGAGGGAUGCGUGGGGUGGGUUCUGGGUGGUGGCCCAGCGCACACGGACUGCGUCCCUGGAGCCUCCAAGCCUCCGCCUCACUCACCCUGUGACCCCACAAUGGCGCCCACCGAGCAGGUGGCCCCGGGCCCUCCCGCUCCCCGCCUUAGUUAGGGGCCACGCCGCGCGCUGCUGCUUAGCAUCCCUGCCUAGCUGUCGUCGCACCUCCUUUCUUGUUUCCCGGUAACCUAUCACCAGUGGAGUAGUUGUGCAGGUUGAAGCCAUGUCUAAGUGAGGGGCGCAGUAGGUGCAAAGGGGGUGGGGAGGGAGAAGCCAGGCCUCCACCAGGAGGGCGAGGGUGUUGGUGCUGCCCUGCGUGGGGCAGCAUGGGGCCCUGGACGCCGUGGGCGGGAUGCCGUGGGCGGGGGGGCAGCCUGGGGACGGGCUGGUUGUGCUGGCGUUUCGUGUGUAUGCUGCUUUUUUCUUUUCUAACCAAGAGGCUGGGUUUGGCAUCUGUCUGUCUCGUUCCCUGGGAUUUGGUGGGCACUGUGUGACGUGAGGCCAGUGCUGCAGAAGCAGGAGUGGGCCGUGGGGUCAAAAUCCUGACCUGCCACCCUGGGGCACCCACGGCCUCGUCCAGGGGACCCUCAGGUGGCCAGGCAUGUGGACAGUUGGGAAUCAGGUCUGGAAAUUGGAAAAGGAGGCAUGAGACUGGGGCCCCUUACUCCCUUCUGGCUGAGUGGAGGGGCCGGCCGCAGUGAUCCCGGGGACCGUAUGGACACAAAGAUUCUUAUUGCACUUGUAUUUUUUGUAUUAAAAGUUUGCAUGGUUUCUAAUAAAGGAUUAAAACGUAAGUUUGUAGUGAAGUGGCCUGGGAGGUUCCAAGCGCUUCUCCAGAGGGCAUUUUCUGCUGCGCAGACUUGCCUCGGAGAGGCAGCAGUGGCAGCUGCCUUGGACGUGACUCCGGCCCCCUCAGGACCUUCACCCCAGGGUCCCUGGGUCUCAAGGGAGGUAUGCCCGUGCCAGAAGCAGCUGUUUCCUCGGGGAGGCGCGUACUGGACAGUGAGCUGGGCUACUGCCUUCAUGCUGUCUGCCGUGCCAGCGACACUAGGGCACUGGUACUGUCGCCAGGUGGCAGCGGGGAGAAGGAAGCAGGGGGCGCUGAGGGGGUGACAGUGUCCAAAGGCACCUGCUCCCCUGCUAGGGUCCAUCCUGGGGCCAUCGGGAAACUAAAGUUGGUGCCAGGCUCUGGGUCCUUGGACAAGGGCUGGGGAAAGGAAGUGGCUGAUGUGGGAGCGUUCUAGGCUGGGCCACCAGUCCACCCUGAGAGGCCAUCUAGGCCCUGCGCCCCUCACGUGUCCUGCAAGCCGGAGGACCUGCGAAGGCUCACCUGACAGAUGGGGACCAUCGGCCCCUGUGUGAUGCGGACUACUUUGCAGCCACUUAGGGCUGGGACUUUCUGCACUUCCCAGCUUGCUGUGGUUCAGCCAUUACCCAUGUCUGUGUUCUGUUGUACUGAUUUAAGAGUAAAUAAAGCUGCCUGAUGUUCCACACGCAG